AUGACUUCAAAGAUGUCUCUAUUGGUAUGUUGGUCUAUAGUAUCAACUAUUGUAUUGGGAUUAUUGUGUGGAGUACAUGGAUCAUCGUUCUACAAACAACAAUCGACUCUUACUACUAUUAAGACUGGGGAAGGACAAGUUUAUGAUUGUGUGGAUUUCUAUAAGCAACCUGCUUUUAAUCAUCCAUCGUUAAAUAACCAUAUUCCUACCGUAAAUAUAACUUCUCUACAAAGAAAAGCAAGAAAACUCGAGAAUCUCGGACUCAAAGAUGGUUGUCCAAUAGGGACUGUGCCUAUUUUAAGACUUUCCAAUGUCAAUAAGUCACUUUCUAUGGAUUCUACUUUAAAUGGAAGACAUUGUAAUGCUGGUUUUCGAGUGGAUGCUAAACAAGGUUUAAAAUUAUUGGGUGCACACGGUACAACAGGUCUUUGGAAACCUUUAGUAUAUGGGAAUGAGUGGUCAGUCUCUCGAAUGAAAAUUCUAAAUGGACCUGAUAGUAUUGAAGCCGGAUGGAUGGUGAAUCCAAAUCUAUACAACGAUCUUGAAGCACACCUUUAUGCAAGGUGGACGGCUGGAUCGAGUGGAUGCUUUAAUCUUCUAUGCUCGGGCUUUGUUCAAGUGUCGACUAAUGUGCCUUUAGGCAUAAUCCCUCACGAUUACUCUCAUAUAGGUUGGGACAAUCAAACUGGUUGGAUCAUAUCUAUUGACAAGAAUUUGAAUGAUGGAAAUUGGUGGCUGACAAUAGAUGCAGACAAAAAACAAGUUGGAUAUUGGCCCAAAAGUCUAUUUACAUCUUUGUCGGAAUCGGGUUCUCGGGUCGAAUGGGGCGGAGAGAUUGACAAUCCGGAUUCAAAUACUCCUCCUUAUAUGGGUAGUGGUCAAAAGGCCAUGAAGGACACUAGACAAUCGGCAUUGUACUGCCAAAUUGGAGUUUUUGCUGAUCAAAAGGGUCAAGUUCCCGCCGAAUUAUAUACGGACUGCGAUGAAUAUACAAGCAUUGAUGCUGGAUAUCAAGGAGAUUUUUGGGGUCGUCUUAUAUUUUAUGGAGGUCCAUACAAGAAAAUUGGAUAACAUAUAUUGUACCAUUACUUUGGUAUGUAAUUGUGGUAACUCUUUGUUUUAUUUGUAAUCGUGUAGUAAGUACUCCAAAAUGUUACGGAGUACAUAAUUCGGCUACAUAAUUUUGUUAUAAUUAUGGAAUAAAAUUUAU